CAUCGCACCGACGACUCUUCUGGAAACGGAUUCAAGGGCCCUUUGGAACUUUGUCACGCAGUUUCCUUUUACAGCAAAACAGACGAUUUUUUCCCCCUUCGUGUUUUGGCAACAUAGCAGAAUUUAACAGGAGAACCAUGCACUUCACGUCGGCGCAUCGCUUCUUGGCUGUCUGUCUCACUCUGUUUGGAUACCUUGGGGACGUUUACGCAGGGACCGUCCUGGUAAACUCCAACGCCAUCAAAAACUUGCCCGGCACUUCGGGCGGCAAAGGUGCCGAAACUGUCAGUCCGACUCCGCGCACCUCGCCCCCCGGUAGCCUGGGACAUAAAUUACCCGCGGACACCUUACAGCAGUCAGGUGUUUGCACAGAUGAUGAAGACUGUGACGGUGAUGAAUUCUGCAACGACGCCCGCGGCGCCUGUCUGCCCUGCCGUAAGAGCCGGAAGCGUUGCGCACGGGACUCCAUGUGUUGUGCAGGAAACCGGUGCAGCAAUGGCGUUUGCCAGGCAAAUGACAUCGAUGGCACAGAUGCAUCUAUCAUAACUGGCUUGCACAAACACAAUAAGACUGGGGAGCAUCACGCCAAGAAACCUCCCACAGCCCACAGCAAUCAGCUUCAAGCUGCAAAAGGCCAGGAAGGCGACAAUUGCCUGAGGUCUGCUGACUGCUCUGACGGUCUGUGCUGCGCCAGACACUUCUGGUCUCGCAUCUGCAAGCCUGUGCUGACGGAGGGCCAGGUGUGUACGCGCCACCGCAGGAAAGGCACCCACGGCUUGGAGCUGUUCCAGCGCUGUGACUGUGGCGACAGUCUGGCGUGCCGACCUGAGAAAGGAGAGCAAGACCACAGUGUCAGCAGGACAGCAGCCCGGAACCUACACACCUGUCAGAGACGCUGACACCAAAGUGUGAACACACAUAGAGACAGAAAUACACACACUCCCAGCAAUCCCAUAGAAUCAGUCACAGACACGGAACAAACACUUUCAGCCUUCUACACACCAGAGAUGCUGACACACACACACAGACACCCAACACCUAAGACAUUCCUUCCUGCCAAAGCUGCUGACACAAAACAGCACCCGGAAGGAUAGACACCAUUCUUGGAAAAGUGAUACACCCAGAGGGAUGCAGCAGUGCAAGACGGACUGAUCCGAUUCCCAAUCAACAAAUGAGGAGUCGGAAGUUAGGGAGUGACAUUUCAGAAAGUCUUGGGAAAAUCGAUACAAGUCGCCAGUAAUGGCAAAGAUGUUUUGUUUCUCUUUUUAUGGAACUUCAAGCCUCAGUUAUUGCAGUAAAUUACUGUAUUGUAAAUAUUAUCCUGAAAGUGGCACUUAAUUGAGCUAUUGAAUUCUGUCAACACCAGUAUUAUAAAGACAUGGUGCUGCAUGCUUUGUAAAUGUGUUAUACAUAUUGUUUUAUAAGAAAAUGUUAUAAAUAGAAAACUUGGAAUAUAUUUGUUUUAUUAAAGAUCAUGUGAU